GGCUUCCACACCCAAUGACCAAAAGGCAGCUGUUGAGAAUUAUUUUUGUAGGGCACGCUCCAAAGACGCCAUGCCAAGGUCCUUUUAAAUGAGCGAUGAUCAUAGAGCCCCUCUCUUCGUAGUCUUCUCUAGACAAGAGAUAUUAGAAAUAGCAGAUCAAGAUCCUGUAUUUUCUUCUCUUCUCUUCAAUGGAAAACUACAGAUCCAAAUCAUACGCAGAUGGAAGGUACCAAAUUCAAAGCUACAACGGUGCCAGUAAUGGAGGAGGAGGAGGAGGAGCGCCUACUUCAUAUGCUAUCACAAGCAUGCAAGAUCUCAGGUGCUACAGUGCUUCAUAUGCAACCUCUGUCUACCAAACACAAGCACAGAUUGGAACUAGUGAUGUCAAAUUCAAGAAAGGAAAGUCAACAAAUGGGUCAACUUCUAAAAGAUGGAGCUUCAAUGAUCCUGAGUUACAAAGGAAAAGGAGAGUUGCUAGCUAUAAGGUUUAUGCUGUUGAAGGAAAAGUUAAAGGGUCUUUAAAGAAGAGUUUUAGGUGGAUUAAAGAAAGAAGAAGCAUGCCUUUGGGGGUUCUUCGGAUGAUAAAUAACAACUGUUGUGGAGAAGGGGCAGUGGCAGCCAUUCCUUGGGAGCUGUUGACGCAUCUAGGAAGAGGUUGGUGGUGAUAUGAUUGAUGCACUAGGCAUCCAGAAGUUUGGAGAAACUAAGACAUGUUGACCUUAGCGGUCAUGUCUUCUGCUUCAGAUUUCUGUCGUGUCUUAUGGUGUAGGAAGACAAGACUGUUGGGGUCAUACUAACAAUUCCCCUCAUCCUAUGAUGCUUUUGUGCGCACCUUCAUUUUUGAACCUGAUUCUGAGUUUCUAAGCCAAUCCUUGAUGGUUCAUAGGUGGAUGGGAUACUCAGGCAGGUAAGGUAAUCUACCUCUUGCAUUUCUUUCCUUCUUACAGAACCAAGUGAAGGCUAAAUGCUUUGUUUCCUUGGAAAUAUUCCAUGGACUGCGGCUGGAAUUCCACACUUCAAAUCUCUGAAAUUCCAUAUGAUGAUGACUUGUUCCUCCUUCCAGCAAGCUAUGGUUAGCAGCAGUCGAGUAUUAGUAAUUGCUUAAAAGAUUCAGUAAUAACGAGGAAGUGUUUUCUUAUUAUUGUCAUUUUAUUUUUAAACAAGCCCAUGUAUAACAAUUGAUGAUUGUUAAUGUUAGAAAUCAGGGGGCGUCGGACAUUACAUUUCAAUUACAAUCACCCAAAAAAAUAAAAAGAACUUGUAGCAAAAGUGCCGUGGCACAGGAGGGGAAAUAUUAUGCAUUAUUUUUCUCCUUUAGAUUUUUUAA